AUGAAGACAUUCAGUGUUGCAGUUGCAGUGGCUGUCGUGCUCACCUUUAUUUGUAUUCAGCAGAGCUCUGCUGUCCCAGUGCAAGAGCUGGAGGAGCCAAUGGGCAUUGAGAAUCUGGCUGCUGAACAUGAGGAGACAUCGGUGGACUCAUGGAAGAUGCCGUAUAACAACAGACACAAGCGUAGCUAUGAUUGUCGCUUUUGCUGCAGCUGCUGCACCCCCGGUGUCUGCGGAUUGUGCUGCAGAUUCUGA